AUGAACCCCAUUGAAGCACUAGAAAAUCACUUUGAUAUCAACCUGGCUGAUGAUAAAGUGCACCUAUUUGCAUGGAAACACCCCACAGCAGGUCUGCACCCAUUAUCCAAAACUGAAGUCACUAAAUGCAUCAUUGCACUAGCCUCUGAACAUGGCCUCCUGACCCUCAAAGGUCACAGCCUGAGAAUACAUGGCACACUUCACUACCUGCUUCAGGGCAUUUCCUUCAACAUUGUCAAGACAAUUGGGCAUUGGGCAGGUGACUCUUUCACCCUAUACCUAUGCCAACAUGCAAUGAUCCUAGCACCCUAUCUCAAUGACAGGCCAGCACUCCUAGAACAUUUCACAAGAUACACCAUGCCUCCAGUGUGA